AUGGCGGCCAGAGCGCUCCUGGCACUAGGCCUGGCCGCGCGGACCCAAGUCGUCGCGCUCCAGUUGCAGGACUUGCAGCGCGCGAAGGAGAACCGCACGAGAAGGAAGGACAGCUGCGACUGCCUGAACUGGGCAGAGGUGUAUUACAACAACGAGGCCUUCUGCGGCCGGGGCAAUGAGCUGUACUUCCUUAGCAGGCACGGCUUCACUGCGGCGUACGCGGCCAUCGAGCCCAUCACUGGCCUCCCGCACAAGGUGUGUCACGACUUCUUCAUGAACUGGCAGGACCCGUCCUGCGUCAACUUCGACCUGCUGCCCUUCCCCCCCGACAAGAGGACUGGCCAGCAGUGGUGCUACGUGGGCAACGACUGCAACCAGCUCAACGGUGGAGGCUAUUCCACCAACCAGCAGGGCUUCGCGCAGUCAGGUUGGCACAACCUGCAGAGCCAGUCCUUCCAGGCGUGGAAGAUCUGCGACCCGAGCGGCACCGAAGCGCUGGCGUCCAUGCCGGUCUCGGAGGUCGUGGAGAAGGGCAAGGCGAGCGACGUGCCACUGUCCCGUCUGCUCCGCCUGGCGUAUCCCGUGGUGCAGAUCGACUGGGGCCACGCUCACUACCUGUGGGAGGCCAUCAACGACCAGUACGCGGCUAAUCGCACCGUCUCCGAGAUGGUCGACCUCGUGCCGAACAUCUCGGGCUGGGGCUCGGACGUCGAGCUGGCGUGGGCCGCCCUGCGCCCGAUCGCGAAGAGCGAGCAGGCCACGAUCCUCGACAGCAUCGACCACGGGGACAACUUCCACGUAGUCGAGGGUCGCGCUGCCUACUCGGUGACCAGGGUCGUCAACGGCAACGCGAUAUACCUGAGCGGCCACUUCUCUGAGGAGUUUUGA